AUGUACCUCCACUGGCUAAUGUUUGCUCUUGCCUCAGUUGGGUGGGUGUCUGAUGCUAAAAACUGCAAUGAUACAGAAAAUGCUGCAGCUUAUGACGCACUUUUUGAACAUCUUGGCUUGGACAAGAAUGACAAUCAAAAGCGGCCCUUGUAUUAUGGGGAUGCUACCCAUGUUUUUGUGGAACUAUAUGUGACCUCUAUCAUAGAUGUGAAUGAAAAAGCCCAAAGCCUCACGAUACAGGUCAAAAUGAUAACUGCUUGGAUAAAUAUAAAGAUGGAUUGGAACAGCCAUGAAUUUUGUGGAAUGAAUACAUUUUCAGCCCGGAAAGACAUGGUUUGGACUCCAGACAUUGUUAUAGCAGAAAGCAUCAAGACAGAUUUUGGAACAAAGGAGUCUCCAUAUGUGCAGUUCUACAGUUAUGCCUUUACAGUCUUGUCGGACAUUUUAGUUCUGACUACAGCCUGUAAGAUGGACCUGCACAAGUUUCCAUUCGACAUCCACAGCUGCAAUCUGACGCUUCAAUCUUCAGCAUAUUCAAUUGAGGAGCUUAAAGUUCUAACAUUUGCAGAUUCAGAGUGGGUAACACACGAGUCGAAGCAGACCUUUCAGGCCCAGGGAGAGUGGGAGCUCCUCAGUAUAAAUAUGGUUAAGUCUAAUAUUUCUGUGGGAUAUGAAUGGGAUAUGAAGGAUCAGCUGAUAUAUCAGAUCACCAUAAAGAGGAGACCUCUGCUGUAUGUCAUCAACAUCAUACUUCCAGUAUUUUUCUUUCUUGUGUUGGAUGUGAUGUCCUUCUUCAUAGACGCAAGUGGAACAGACAAGUUGAGCUUUAAAGUGACUUUACUGCUGUCUAUUUCUGUGUUGCUGCUGAUUCUAAAUGACACGCUGCCCUCUACAGCUGAUAAAAUCCCACUGAUUGGGAUUUACUGCAGUGUGAUUUUCAGUCUAAUUGGCUUCAGCAUUCUGGAGACCAUCCUUGUGAAUUUUCUGAUGGCCAGAGGAGCAGAGAAUAGAUCAGCAGCAUCAAUAGAAACCACAACUGCUGAUGCUAUAAGAUCCCUGCAGCGCCCUCAAGGCUCAGUCAGAGACCAGAAUGAAGAACAAUCUUGUACUCUGGACCUUCUGAAGCAGAUUUUAACUGAGUAUCUGGCUGGAACUCAACAAAACCAACAAGAAAAGGCAUCUCUGUGCUGGACCAGCGUGUCAAGAAUGACAGAUGUGACCUUCUUGGUUCUCUACAUAAUAACCAUUAUUGUGUUUCUGUCUGUGCUUGGGAAGGAUUGGUUUCCAUAG